ACAGUCAGCAGAAAAUGUUGAUAGCAAAGAAGAAGAACGAGGCAGCUGUUUUCUGUAUGCCGUCUGACACUCGAUGAAAUAAAAACAAAAUUAAACAUUAGUCGGAAUAAAAAUUCUCCUGAUUAAAGAUGUCAGGGGAGCUUCGGGAGGAAUUGGAGAAACAUUUGAAGGAUUUAAACAUCCAGACGACCUGCGUGGAUCAUCCGCCGGUUUUCACGGUGGAGGAAAUGAUGCCUCACCUCCGAGGCGUGAGCGGCGUCGUCACCAAGAACCUCUUCCUCAAAGACAAGAAGAAGAAAAGCUUGUGGUUGGUGUCUGUUCGUCACGAUCGGCAGGUGAACCUGAACGAGCUGGCCAAGAAGCUUUCGGUGGGCAGCGGGAACCUUCGCUUUGCGGACGAGGCCGCCAUGUUGGACAAACUCAAGGUGGGGCAGGGCUGCGCCACGGCUCUGGCGCUGCUCUUCGACGAGGACCGCAGUGUCACCUCAGUCCUGGACCGAGACCUGCUGGAAGGGGGGCACCCUUUGGUCUACUUCCACCCCAUGACCAACGCCGCCACCGUGGGGAUGAGCCCCGAAGACCUGCUGCGCUUCCUGGAGCACACCGGACACCGACCCGUCCUGCAGAACUUUGAAUAGAUCAAAAGAAUUGGGAGGACCUCGUGGUCCCGGAGGUGAGAAGGACGCCGGCAGGGGAGCUUCGGUCAGAAUUUGAAGCAGGGACGGACGGGCCGUGCUUUCUGGACAACAGAGUUCUCCUGAUUUCUGGACGAUUUGGACCGUUUGGAUCAAGGAUCUUUCUCGAGCCACAGAAUCUCGUUUUCUGUCACACUAUCAGCCUACCCAAAAGAAGAGUCCAGACUUUGUUUCUAGCAUCUUUCAUUCUUUUGUAAUCGCCAGUACAACACGGGUCAGAAUCUUUUUGUGGAAACAAGACCGAGAACAGGUUUUUAAUGGAAACUGCUGCUGAAAUCUGACCAUAAACAUUUAUCGUAAUGACUUUUUUUCACACGCUUUCAACCCUGCGGUUUAUGGGGUGAUGCGGCGCUAGCGUUAGCGCACCUGGUUAUAAGGCUAGCGCCGCAUUAGCGUUAAACUCUCUCUGUGUACCGAGGCUUAUAAACAGGUGCGCUAACGCUAGCCCCGUGCUAACGCUAGCGCCACGUUAGCGUUAAACUCUCUCUGUGUACUGAGGCUUAUAACCAGGUGUGCUAACACUAGCCCCGGGCUAAUGCUGGCACCGCAUUAGCAUUAAACUCUUGUCUGGGUACCGAGGCUUAUAAACAUGUGCGCUAGCGCCGCAUUAGCGCUAAACUCUGUCUGUGUACCGAGGCUUAUAACCAGGUGCGCUAAUGCUAGGCCCGUGCUAACAUUAGCGCCAUGUCACGGUUAAACUCUGUGUACUGAGGUUUAUAACCAGGUGCAUUAGCGCUAGCCUCGCGCUAGCGCCUUGUGCUAACGCUAAUUUCUUUUUGCGUACCGAGGCUUAUUACCAGGUGUGCUCUUCCGGUUAUUCUAAUGCGCUUUUUGCCUGAAUCUGUGCAACCACGUGACUCUUUGACAUGUUCAUUUCCAAAUGAUAUAUUUUUUUCAUGGAAUAAAUCAUUGCAAGCUC